AGGUAUGAUUAUUUUGAUUGGUCAUAUUUCAUUUUAUUCGGUUUCAGUUCUGCUUCUGGUGCUUUUGUAUUCGGGUUGUGUGAAGUGUUGAUUUGAGUGAUACAGUCAUUUGCACAAUAGUUUAUUCAACAACCUGUAGCAGUUGAACAUUUUUGUGUUUUGAUUGGAGUUCUAGUUUUUUAGAACUUCAGUUGUAAAUCUUGUGCUAAUAAUAUUAUUUGAGUUGUCAAUAAUUUCACCCAGUGAUAGACAUGGCUUCAGAAACAAAAAUGUUUCGUCUCAAAGAAGUGCACGCUGACCCCAAAAAGCCUUGGAUUGUAAUCCACAAUUCAGUAUAUGACGUUACCAAAUUUCUGAAUGAGCACCCUGGUGGUGAGGAGGUGCUGCUGGAGCAGAUUGGCAAGGAUGGCACAGAGGCGUUCGAGGAUGUCGGCCACUCGACAGACGCCCGCGAAAUGAUGGCCAAAUACAAAAUUGGAGAACUAGUCGAGGAGGAUAGGUUUCAAGAAGAAGACAAGUCGACUCCAAAGACUUGGACAUCUGAUAACGAGACCAGCGAGAGCUCUUGGAAGUCGUGGCUUUACCCAGUGGCGUUUGGUAUCGUGGCUACGAUCGUCUACAGAUUCUUCUUCAUCAACCACUAAACAACCAGUGAGAAAUAGCUCUGAACACAACGGAUGAAACAAAUUCCUAUGACCAAUACGGACUGAGAUAGCAACUGGUGGAAGCUAGAAGAUAUCUCCGAGAAUACUACUAAUGUGAAAUUAUUCUAGUAUUUAAAUAUCGAUGUUAUAUGAAUGUGAAACAUACUUAUAAAAUUUCGAUUGUGUGUACCUCCUAACUUAACUAGCACAAUCAAGGGCAUAAUGUCCUCAUAAUAUACACUAUUUAUACACACUUUAAUGGAUAGUAAGAAUAUUGACAAAAUCCUGAUCCAUUGUUAGUAUUGUGAAACCUCUAUUAUAAACCGAUAUUGUAUUCAAGUAUUGGAAUACCCUUCAAGUUACGUUUUCCAACAAUUGUAUCUUUUGAUAAUUGACAAUAAAUGCGAGGAUUCUUUGAAACAGUUAUUGAGAUUUGAUGUUUUCAAAAUGUUUCUGUCUUGAAACAGCAAAAUCUAUAUUAAUAUUAUAAUGAUUCAAUUUCAAUUUUGAAACAUUUUCUUUAUGAGGAGAAUGUUGGUUUCAAGUAAUUGAUAUAUUAUUGUCAUCACGAAGAAAAUUAUUGUAUCAAAAAAUGAUAUUUAUAACUGGUUUAUUGCUGCCAAUAAUUUGCAAUUAAAAUGAUUCAAGAAAAGUGGUAAAACAUUUUAAAAUGUUUUAUUCAAGACAUCAUUUAGGCUUUAAGAAAGCUAUCCUGUUGAUACACGCAACCUUAAAAAUUAUAGAAAGUAUUAGAAUACCCUAAUUCCCAAUGAAUAAUAGGUACAUUAUAUGGCCGUGG